AUGUGGAAUUAUCGGCGCCGAGUGCUUCAGCAUGAAUUUUCCCAAGCAGCCCCUGAGGGUUCAACAGAAGCCUACAUGGACCGAAUCAAGACUCUAAUCCAAACAGACCUGCAAUUUCUGAUUCCACUUCUGCGUAGCUUUCCCAAAUGCUACUGGAUCUGGAACUAUCGUCUGUGGCUUCUGGAUGAAGCUAAACGCGUUCUCCCCAGAACGAUUGCCCGUAAAGUAUGGCAGGAAGAGCUUGCCCUGGUAGGCAAGAUGCUUAGUCUGGACAGCCGCAACUUUCAUGGUUGGGGUUACCGACGCUUUGUGGUAGAGACUCUGGAGACACUUUCUGCGCAAGAAGAUAACGAGAAGAGUAUGACCGAGGCGGAAUUUGAAUAUGCAAAGAAGAUGAUCGGAACCAACCUCUCUAACUUUUCUGCCUGGCAUUAUCGAACUAAACUGAUCCAGCGGUUACUUAGCGAGAAAUCAGCGAGUGACGAAGAGCGAAAGCAGAUUCUUGAUGAUGAGCUGGAACUUAUCCAUCGUGCGUUGUGUGACCCGUAUGACCAGUCAUUAUGGUUCUACCACCAGAACCUGAUGUGUACCUUUGACCCCACGAAGGCAAGCCAGACAAUGGCGCCAAAUUUGACGAAAGUAGAACGGCUAGAAUACAUUCGCCAGGAGAUUGAGGAAAUCCAGGAAAUGCUGGAUGGGGCGGAGGAUUGCAAAUACCUGUACCAAGCGCUUAUAGACUGCACCCUGUUGGCUGCGAGGGUGGAAGGGACACUACCAGAUGGAGCGCAAAAGGCGCAAGUUUUCGAGUGGUUAUCUGAGCUGAAGAAGCUGGAUCCUCUAAGAUCGGGAAGGUGGCGAGAGUUGGAACAGGCGCUGUGCAGUUAA